CGGCUGUUAAGUCUCGUUCUGUUCGGCUGAAAUUGGAAAUUCGGUCCUUUAAAUUUUUUGUGUAAAAAGUUUUUUUUGGUGAUUUCGUAACAUCAUUUUUGAAAUAAUGCCAGAAUAUAAAGUAUUCUAUUUCAACGUUAAGGCAUUGGGCGAGCCUCUUCGCUUCUUGCUUUCAUAUGGAAAUUUGCCAUUCGAGGAUGUUCGUAUUUCCAGGAAUGACUGGCCAGCAUUGAAGCCUAGUAUGCCAAUGAAUCAAUUGCCAUGCUUGGAAGUUAAUGGAAAGAAAGUUAAUCAAUCGCUUGCAUGCUGUCGCUUUAUCGCUAAAGAUAUCAAGCUUGCUGGCAAUGAUGACUGGGAAAAUCUUCAAAUUGAUACAGUUGCUGAUACAGUCAAUGACUUUCGUUUGAAAAUUGCCGUCGUUUCCUACGAGCCUGACGAUGAAGUCAAAGAAAAGAAACUUGUCACACUCAAUAAUGAAGUAAUUCCAUUCUAUCUCGAGAAAUUGGAUGACAUUGCAAGAGAAAAUGGAGGAUAUUUGUCACUUGGACGACUUACAUGGGCCGACUUUUAUUUUGCUGGAAUCAUUGACUAUCUCAAUUAUUUGGCUAAGCAAGACCUUACAGCCAAUCAUGAGAAUUUGAGAAAAGUCGUUGACAAUGUCAUCGGACAAAGUGCUGUUCAAGACUGGAUUAACAAUAGACCACAUACUGAUAUUUAGACACACCACUAAUUUAUGAAUUUUUACACUUUUUUAGAUUGAUUUGUUACUAAAGCCGGAAUUAUAAGAAUUUUAAA